CUCCUUUCAACAAUGUCGCAAUAAUGUAUACUACUAUAGCUUGUCUUCGCGAUACAUCCUUUUCGCAAAACCAACUUUCGAAUUCCCUAGAGCUUCCACACAGGAUCGAAUUCCAAAGUCCGAGUGACGUAAGGAUUUCCGUUGGCAGACGACUGCACUGCGAAGGGAGACGUCGAACGAUGAAGGAUGAUGUGAAUCCUCACAACGCACAUUGUAAACACGUCACUGAAUGAAACCUAUCAUAACAACAAUUACUCUUACAACUGACGAUUCUCUUUUGUUUGUCGUCGAGGCUUAGUCUGCACUUCUUUGUCACUUGUGCACCAGUCAUACCCGUGGUCUGACAAGAUAACGAACCAGCCUCUCUAAUUAAGUUCCCAUGUCCCUCCACCACAAUCCACAUCUACCACUCAAAACCAUAUACCUCUAAAUCCACACUCUGGACAGUGUCCUCAUCUUCCAUUCUCUCGAAAACACGACCUCAAAUCUAAAAUGACAAACCAAAACACCACCACACCACCAAACCUCGGCUUCAGCAACUCACAGCACCUCCUCCAACAAUUCCGCACCGCGGUCGCACACAACACACCUUCAAUACCAACAACCACCAUAACCCCCUCGUCCCCGGGAAAACCCCCGCCACCCUCCCUCAAACUCAACACCACCACCUCAACCACCAAAUCAUCAACCCUCACACCCCCCCAAGGCUUCAAAUACCCCACGCGACCCCCCUCCGCAACCGCCUCGCGCAGCAGCCCCAUCUCCUUUCCCCCCUCAUCCUCCUCUCCCAUCCCCGCCCACACGUCUCCGUCGAAGGCAGAGGACCCGAGACUCCAGGCCGUACGGUCGUACCUCGAGACGCACGCGGAUAUCGAAGCGUGGACGCCUGACGGGAAGGGCGGGAUCACGGUCAAGGUGAGGGGCAGGGAUGGGUUUAGGACGGAUGAGGGGUUGUCGAGGGUUUGGAGGGAGGGGGAUGAGGCGAGGGGGGUGGCGUUGAGGUGGGUUGGGGGGUGCUGGGAUUGA